UUUUAGGAUUAUAAAACAAGUGAGUCAUCAUGAAUUGGGCAAAUGAGAGCUCCUCUAAAGACUUUAUACUACUUGGCUUUUCAGACAAGCCCUGGCUACAGACGCCCCUUUUGGUGCUCCUGUUAAUAUCAUACACAGUCACCAUCUUCGGCAAUGUAUCCAUCAUGAUGGUGUGCAUUCUGGACCCCAAACUUCAUACACCCAUGUAUUUCUUUCUCACUAAUCUCUCCAUCUUAGAUCUCUGUUACACCACAAGCACCGUCCCUCAUAUGCUGACAAAUAUUUGUCGCAACAAAAAGACCAUCAGCUAUGGUGGCUGUGUGGCCCAACUCAUCAUCUUCCUGGCCCUGGGUGCUACUGAGUGUCUCCUGCUGGCUGUUAUGGCCUUUGACAGGUAUGUGGCGAUUUGCAGACCACUCCACUACAUAGUCAUCAUGAAUCCUAAGUUGUGCUUAAAAAUGGUAGCCUUCUCAUGGCUCACUGGCUUCAGCAACUCAGUGUUGCAGUCUUCCUUGACCCUUAACAUGCCACGCUGUGGGCAUCAGGAAGUGGACCACUUCUUCUGUGAGGUUCCUGCUCUUCUCAAGUUGUUAUGUACUGACACAAAGCCUAUUGAGGCUGAGUUCUUUUUCUUAGGAGUAUUAAUUCUCCUAAUUCCAGUGACAUUGAUCCUCAUCUCCUAUGGCUUCAUAGCUCAAGCAGUAUUGAGAAUCAGGUCAGCAGAAGGACGACGAAAAGCUUUUGGGACAUGUGGGUCCCACGUGGCUGUGGUGUCUCUGUUUUUUGGAACAAGCAUCUACAUAUAUCUACAACCACCUGCAUCCACCUCUAAGGACUGGGGGAAAAUAGUUUCCCUUUUCUAUGGGAUAUUCACACCCAUGUUGAACCCUCUCAUUUACAGCCUUAGAAAUAAAGAUAUGAAGGACGCCUUCAAGAGGGUGUUGCCAAUAAUACUUUUCUAUAAGAAAUAA